UUGGUCACAUGACAUAAAAUGGCAGAUAGCGAAGAGAGCAGUCCACCCUCUUCACCUGAUAUCCGAGAUGAUGAGCCAGGGAGACCUCGAGAGGUCACGAUUACUAAAUCAGAGACAGGGUUUGGCUUCAAUGUGAGAGGCCAAGUUAGUGAAGGAGGUGUAUUGAAGUCAAUCAAUGGCGUAUUGUACGCUCCCUUACAACAUGUCAGUGCAGUGCUAGAUGGAGGAGCAGCACAGAGGGCAGGGAUAAGGAAAGGGGACCGAAUACUAGAGGUGAACCAUGUUAAUGUUGAAGGAGCAACACACAAACAAGUGGUGGAUCUAAUAAAAAGUGGAGGUGACUCUCUUGUUUUAACAGUGAUUUCUGUGCCAGAACAGGUUGCUGAGAGGUUGGAACCAAGUGAUGAUUCAUCAGGACCCUCCUAUAUAGACUACUCUGAGCGACGCUCCCUCCCAAUAUCUAUCCCUGACUACCAGACUGUAGAGCAGGGUGGAGAAAAAUUUGUGGUUUUCAAUAUAUAUAUGGCUGGAAGGCAUCUUUGUUCCCGAAGAUACAGGGAGUUUGACACACUGCAUUCUCGCUUAAAAAGAGAGUUUCCUGACUUCAGUUUUCCCAAAAUGCCUGGAAAGAAGUUAUUUACCCUGUCAGAACAGCAGCUGGAUGCUAGGAGACGAGGCUUAGAGCAGUACCUAGAAAAAGUGUGUGCUGUACGGGUAAUUGGUGAAUGUGACUAUGUGCAGGAAUUUUUGGCUGCCCCAGAAAUUGAUCAAGAAAACAAUCACACAAGUUCAGAGGUAGAACUGAAAGUGCUGCUUCCAGAUCGCAACCUGUGUGUUGUCAAAGUUAAUCGCAAUGACACAGCUGAUGAAGUCUAUAAGGCUGUUGUGUCCAGGCUACAUAUGUCAGAGACUGCAGCUCACUGCUUUUAUUUAUUUGAAACAGUGGAAUAUAAUUUUGACAGGAAACUACAAAAUACAGAAUUCCCUCACAAUAUAUACAUACAAAACUACAGUACUGCCACCUCCACUUGUAUCACCUUACGACGAUGGUUGUUCCCCCCCUCUCUGGAGGCCAUGCUCAACUCUGAUCAACAAGCAAUCAAUUUCCUCUUUUGGGAGGCUGUUGACUGUGUAAAUAAAGGACAAAUCAAAACAGAGGAUAAACUCUAUGAACUUAAAGCACUACAGGAAUCCAACAAAAGCAUUGAGUACCUGAAGGUGGCUCGACAAUUAGAGGGUUAUGGGGAAGUAAUGUUCCCCCACUGUGCUUGUGACUCACGGAAAGAUGGUCAUGUGAUUGCUGUGAUAGGAUUUGAGUGCUUCAAACUCCAUGCCUGUAAAAAUGAUGGCACUCCAGAGUCUCAAGUGAUAGAAUUUCAGUGGAAGGAUGUGAAGUCUUAUGAUAUUGAAGAGGAAGGAAUGGCUUUCUCUUUUGAGUAUGCUCGUCCUGGAAAGAAACCUCGUAAUGUGCAAAUAUUGACACCUUACUAUGAGUACAUGAAGGAAUGUUUUGAUCGGAUAUUUGAGGAAAGAGAGCAGGAAUAUGCGUGAUGAUUUUCAAAAUAAACAAGAAACUCCCUGAGGCCAAAAAUCAGCUGAAAUAACUGUGUUCUUGGAUAUUGCAAAAUCACUUUGUUGCUAUAGAAACAGCAGGAAGUCCUGGUGUGCUAUCAUCCAUGUUAUAGAACUGUUACGAUUUUGGAUGAUUGUUCUUGCAAUAUGCAUGUUGCGGGUCAACUUCCAUGUGAUGUACAUCUUGGUGUUAAUGAAAUUCAAAAUCUUGUUAAUAAUUUUUAGGCUUCUUGUUGAUCUAUAUUGUUAUUUAUUUCAAUUUUAUAACUGUUUAGUUUUGUAUUUAGCUUGUAACAGUUCCAUUGAAAGAUAUUUUGUGAUUGUGAAAACAAGUUAGAAUAAUUGGUGUUUUGUGUUUGCUCAGAUUUGAUGGGUAGUGCUAACAUCUUGCUGUAGAUUUAGAUGUGUAAAUCCACAAGAAUAUCUAGUCAAUUAUGGGUUGAUUUCUGCCACUGUAAACCCUGAUAUACAUUUGUAAAUAAAUCUAAAGUUAAUAUGUAAAUAUGUAAUAUUGUUAAGAAAAUAAAUAAAAUUCUAAUUAUGAAAUAUAUUUUGGGGGUACACAUAUAAAUAAACAUGUUACAUUUUGUUGUUCCCAUAAGGGUAUUAUCUGCUGAAAUCCUACUGCCCCCAUACAAAAAUCUGGCCAUGCAGGCCACUGGUAGAAUUUUCUGAUCAAAGAUUGAAGCUGUCAUCAAACAUUAUAAAUGUGUGGAGUAUGCACAAAAAACAUUUUAAUCUAAACUUUAUUUAAUUCAAUUCUCAAAACUAGAGUAAGGAGGCAGUUGAAGUUUUUGUAAAAAGAACACAAGAGACUAGGAAUAAUCUAUGAGGACCUCGAAUUGUGUUGAUUGAUCUGACUGAUGCAGGUGAGAUCUGUGUUCUAUAUAGACCUCUUGUCUUAAUAUGAACUGUGUCAUACUCUAAAACAAAGCCAAAUGCAAAUUUAUUUACAUGUAGUUAGACUAAUGUAAACAGAGUCUCUUAACUUCCGUUGUUUUAAUUGAUGGUAAUUUUUUUGUUUUGGUCCAUGUACACAAAUCAAAAUAUGUUAAAAGCAGUGUACAGUAAUCAAAAUUUAAAAGCAGUCAUAAGAAGUGUAUAUCUUCUAUAUAUACUUUAUACAGAAAGAAUGACAUAUUUGGAAUUUAUUGAUUGAAUUUCAUCUAUGUAGUAAUGAGCAUCAUUAAUAUGCAUAGUACAUGUAUACAUACAGACAUUCAAAAAUAAGCUGUUUUAAAGCCAUUGUCAUUAAAAUCUGUGUGUGUCUUGAUGGUUAUGAAAAAGAAUUGUUGAGAAAUGAGAAUUCAUUAUCUGUAUUAAAUUAUCCUCAUAAAUCUAUUUUAUUCUAGAUUGAUAAAAUAUGUAUAUUGUUGGUAUUUGUUAUGUAAGGUACCAUUCUGUGUCCCCAGAUAAUGCAUGAACAAAUUUAUAAGCAUAGAAUGCAUUGCUUAUUCUGACUUCUGACUAGUACAAAUACAUGAAAAUAUUGAUUCAUCUAAAAUAUAAAUUUUUGUCGAAUUUGAAGUAUUUCAACAAAUAUGAAGUUUUCUAAAAUUAAAGAUGUUCAAUGUAAAUUAACUGGUGAUACCUUGUUUUCACAGGGUUCUGUUCAUGAAUUUAAAAUACAGUUUUCUCUGUAUUUCCUCAUUCUUUUAUUGUUGGCUUUAUGUGACAUUGGUAUAAAUAUUGUAAAAAAAAAAAAUUGAAGAAAAUGUUUAUCGAAUGUGUUUCAACUAGUGUUUAGAAAAUGAGUUAAUUAUACUAUUACAAAUAUUUAGAAUGGAGAAUGUUCAUUUCAUAUUUAUACUAUUUUGCAUUAAGAAAAAAUGGAGACAAAGAUUGUGAAUUAUAUUUCGUUGUUUAAUGUAAUGUUUCAUGCAUAUAAAUUUUAUUUGUGUAUUCAUGUGUAAUUUUUCCUUGUAAGCAAUUUUGAGCAUUAUCUAUUUAGUUGAUAAUGGCGCACACAUUAUAUAUCUGUACAGUAAUUUCAAACAUGUACAUCAAAUUUACACGUGUAGACUGAACUAGGUUGAAUUUUGUGAGGAAAAACAAGGGUCCAAGGAUUGAAAUAUAUAUACUUGUUAUAUUCUGUUUGAUUUGUAAAAUAAGAAGUAGAUUAAUAAAAGUGCCAGAUGAUAAUGGCACUUAAUUUAGAACCUGCAGGUUUAAUUAGAGAUUCCCAGUCAAAGUAAUAGUUUCAUUUGUAUGAUCAUUGUCAAACAUAUAUGAACAUUUAGUUGAAUGUAUGACACUGGGAGGUUAAAAAAUUGUAUAUAAUGUACUAACUGGUCUUUUUUGAGGUCAUGUUUGGUGAAGCUGAAAGCUGUAAUUUUUGAAAAUGAGAAGUUUCUAUGAAAUAUGUUAGCCUUCAUGCAAGCAUACUUCCCUUGGCCAUAAUAAUGAUUUGCAAUAUUGAACAAAGGAAAAUUUUUUUCCUGUAUACAAUUUUGUCUCGUGAUUUUCAUGCAAAGUCGUGUGUACCAAAAUUUGUUGUGAAGCAUUUAACUUUCACACCUUCAUUUAGUGAACAAUGGACACUUUUUUAUCACAUGUAGUAUUUGGUGAGUUUUACCACUCAGAAAUCUAAAUUCUGGAACGUUUAUUGUUUAUGUUAAAUAUUAUGAUAUAUAUCAAUGACUGUUUUCAGUGAAAUAAAAGUUAUGAUUAUA